CGAACCCGCCACCACAGAUUGCUGGGCUUCCAGUAACUGGACCCGCCCUCUCCAAAGUCGUCGAGCUAGAGACCUCAUUAUUCAUUUGGUUCAGUAGUCGACACUUGAGCCGAGUGCAACAAGAAAGCAACAAAGAGAUAUACCGCGAUGGCUGACAACUACACGGAAGUCACGACGCCCAAGGCGACAACAGCCUUCGACGAGGCCAACAAGGCCGCUGCACGUCUCAUCAAGCCCAAGGCCAUCCUGUACACGAGCGCAUUGCUGUCGUGGUUGCAGCCGUUCCAGAGCGGUUGGUCCACCUCGCAGACCAACCUGUCGCAGUACAACGACACAGACGAGUGCAAUGCGCGUCCCGUGGCUGAGGACACGUGCCUCAUGUUCCCUGGCCACUCGAAGCUGGAGUGGACGUUCGCCGUGAACGCAUGGAUCUUCGGCGCCAUGAUCGGAUCGCUGUGCUGCGGCCACUUCAGUGACCGACUCGGCCGUAAGAAGACGUUGAUGCUGAAUUGUAUCUUCAUGUUCGUCGGCGGUGUGGUUGAAGCUUCCGUGUCCAACAUCUGGGCGUUCGCCGUGGGCCGUCUCAUCGCCGGUAUUGCUUCCGGUACGGCCACGGGUACUAUCGGCGCGUACGUGAACGAGCUGUCUCCGCCGCACAUGCGCAACACUUUGGGUCUGGGUCUGCAGAUCUUCACCACGAUCGGUAUCUUGUUCCCGGCGAUCUGCUUCUUCUUCGCCAACACGAGCUCUGGCUGGCGUUACCUGGCUGCGUUCCCGUGCAUCUUGGCUGUCAUCUACCUGGUGUUGGCGCCGUCCAUGUGCAUUGAGAGUCCGGCGUGGCUGCUCACUAAGGGCCGCACGGAGGAGGCCAAGGAGGUCAUCGCUCGUCUGUAUGGCGAGGAGCACGUGCAGACAGCUCUGUCGUGGCUUGAGGUGAACAAGGCUAGUGCCGAGGAGGGUCUCAUCGACUCUACACCCAAGAAGGAAUCCAUGUUCAACCCGCGCUACCGCAUGCAGCUUCUGGGUGGCAUUAUGCUGUCGUGCGCUCAGCAGCUUUCGGGUAUCAACGCUGUGUUCUACUACUCCGGCAGCAUCUUCUCGGACGCCGGUAUCUCGGACUCGCGUGUGGGUACGCUGAUCAUCGACUUCAUCAAUAUCUUCCCCGCCUUCUUCACCGGUGUGCUGGCUAACCGCUUUGGUGCUCGCAACAUGAUCCUCUGGGGUCUGUCGGGUAUGGUGGUCAUGUCCAUCGGUAUGACGGUGGCUUUCGUGGUGGACGUGUCUGCUCUGUCGAUUGUGUUCACUGCUCUGUACGUGAUCGUGUUCGGUGUGACGCUGGGUCCUCUCGUGUGGGUGAUGACUGCCGACAUUUUCCCGGACUCGAUCCGUGCCAGCGCUUCGUCGCUUUGCAUUGGUAUCAACUGGCUGUGCAACCUCAUCGUGGGUGUAUCGUACCCGUACGUGUCGGAUGCCCUGGACGACUACGCGUAUGUUCCGUUCGUGGUGCUUCUUGCGAUCUUCUACCUGUUGGCGUUGAAGCUGGUUCCGGAGACGUCGGGCAAGUCGGCUGAGGAGAUUCAGGCCGAGUACGACUCGCGUCGUGAGAAGUAG